GUACACUGAGAAGGCCUUCACUACGGAGCUCACGGAACAGACAUAUCCGGAGAUCUUGAGAUCCAACCUGGGCGUGGUGGUGCUGACCUUGAAAAAGUUGGGCAUCGACGAUUUGGUGCACUUUGAUUUCUUGGAUCCACCUGCGCCGGAGACGAUGAUGCGAGCGCUGGAGAUGCUGAACUUCUUGAACCAUCUCAAUGACGACGGCGACCUCACGGAUGCCGGCGACCAGGCGGCGGAGUUUCCCUUGGAUCCCCAACUGGCAAAGAUGCUGAUCGAUUCGCCCAAAUUCAAAUGCAGCAACGAGAUUCUGUCCAUUUCCUCCAUGCUCUCCGUGCCCAAUGUCUUCGUGAGACCCAAGGAGUUUGGCAAGGAAGCCGACGAUGCAAAGAACCGCUUCACGCACUUGGAUGGUGACCAUUUGACGCUCCUGAACGUCUUCCAUGCGUACAAGCAGUAUACCACCGAGGGUGCCGACCCAGCACAGUUCUGCUAUGACAGCUACAUCAACUCCAGGUCCAUGAAAUCUGCUGAAAACGUCCGAGAGCAGCUGAAGCGGACCAUGGAGCGACUGCAGCUGCCAAUGGUGAGUACUGACUUCAGAGACAAGGAGUACUAUCCCAACAUCAGAAAGUGCUUGGUGGCAGGAUACUUCAUGCAGGUGGCACAUUUGGAGAAGAGCAGUCACUACUUGACCGUCCGCGACAACCAGGUGGUGGCGCUCCAUCCAUCUACGGGGAUCACCCACAAGCCCGAGUGGGUGCUGUACCACGAGUUUGUGCUGACUUCCAAGAACUUCAUCCGGACCGUGACCCAGGUCCGCGGUGAAUGGUUGCUGGAGAUCGCUCCCAGCUACUACGAUGUGAGGAACUUCCCAAAAUCCGAAGCCAGAACACAGCUCGAGCGAUUGCAGGCCAAAAAAGGCACAGCUCAGCACCAGUGACGCCGAGCUGCGUCACC